AUGAUAAGAGUGCAAAGUAGUAGAACUGUAGUAAGGAGAUUGUUACAAAGACGAUACCAAAGCAAAUCUUCGUUUGGGAUAGCACUGGCGACGGCGAGUAGAUUAGUGACUCCGAAAUGGAUGUUAAAUAACCCUGUGUCCUUAGUCUCAACUGAGAUGAAUACAUUAGCCAAAAAUAUUAUGGGUCUAAUUGGAUCAGGUCACCCGACAUUGAACCGUGUAACAAGCUACUAUUUUGAGGCUGAAGGGAAGAAAGUACGUCCUAUGCUUGUACUGUUAUUAUCGAGAGCCUUGUCGGCUAUUCCUGUUGAGAAACGAAACAAUAUCAAGAUUGAUUUUACAGAUUUUGAAACAGCCCCAGUUGGUAAAGAUCCAUUACAGAAAUUCUUAUCAUCGAAACCGGUGGAGAAUUUUUCACCUUUACAAAUUAUUCAUGGUAUACAAUCGAUGAAUCCCUUGACAAAAGAAGCUUCACCGAUCCCUGAGAAACAAUUUGAUGAUGAACGAGGGAUUCUCCCAAAACAACGUCGUUUAGCAGAGAUUGUAGAGAUGAUACAUACAGCAUCGCUACUUCAUGAUGAUGUUAUUGAUCAUGCAGAUACAAGACGAGGUAGACCAAGUGGAAAUGUUGUGUUUACAAAUAAGAUGGCAGUUCUUGCUGGUGAUUUUCUUUUAGGUCGUGCCACCGUAUCCAUAUCAAGAUUAAAAAAUCCAGAGGUUGUUGAAUUAAUGAGUAGUAGUAUAGCAAAUUUAGUUGAGGGUGAAUUUAUGCAAUUACAUAAUGUGGCUAUGGAUUCGGGGAAUAAUGAUUUAUUGACGGAAGUUACACCUGUAGGAAAACUAAACCUGAGGACUCAUGAUUAUAAAGUUCCUGUAUUACCACCACAAUCAACAUUAGCCUCGGAGACACUUACUCGCGAACAACAACAAGAAAUUAUCAAUAAUGCAUUCCGUUACUAUUUACAUAAAUCAUACCUUAAGACAGCAUCAUUGAUCUCUAAAUCGUGUCGUGCUACUGCUAUUCUAUCAGGUGCACAACCUAAUGUUAUUGAAUCAUGUUACAAUUUUGGUAAGAAUCUUGGACUAUGUUUUCAACUUGUAGAUGAUAUGUUAGAUUUUACUAUAUCGGCCAAAGAAUUAGGAAAACCUGCAGGAGCUGAUUUAAAAUUAGGGAUUUCAACUGCACCUGUCCUGUAUGCUUGGAUGGAAGAUCCAAGUUUAGGACCAUUAAUUCAACGUCAUUUUAAUCAACAGGGCGAUAUACAACAAGUAUUAAAAUCCGUAGAAUUACAUAACGGUGUUGAUAAGACUAAGAAACUAGCAGAAAACUACAGAGAUAUGGCUUUAAAAUGUCUACGCGAUGUCCUUCCAGAGUCAGAUUCUCGUUCUGCAUUAGAAUUCCUUACAAACAGCAUUCUUACCAGGAGGAAGUAA